GGUAAGUUGCAUGACAGUGACCACUGUGACGUCACUGUGUCACGAUGCUCCCUGAAGGAUGUCCGGCUGGCGUAUAAAAGUAUUCCUCAUUUCUCUGGACACCAUCAUUCUCCAAUUGUAGCCACAGAGCAGCAGCAACAGGUGAGCCAACUAACAGAAAUUACAACCACCCGAAUCAUGAGGACGGCUAUAAUUCUACCUGCUGCCAUCCUGGCCUGUUUGUGUGUCAUAAGUGAUGCCCGUUACAUUCGUGCCUCAGGAUUGCAAGUGCAGCCCAGGACUGUCAAAGGGUAUGCCAACCAACAACCCAGGGUGAUUAUCAUCAACCAAGACAAACCUAGGCAGGCUGCACGGGUACCUACUGCUGCACGAUCUGGAUACGCACCACGACACGGCAACGGAUACAACAACUUCCUCAACGACUACCUCCUUGCUGAUGCCCUUGAUAUCAACCAUCCCGGUCUAUUGCACGGCUUCAACCAGAUUGCCUCCCCUUACGCCCCCUCCGCCCGUACAGGUAGAAACAGCUACGACCCUCUCUACGCUGCGCUCAUCUUGGACCAGCUUGACGCUCAGCCAAUUGGAGCCAGCUCCGCCAUCGUUGGUUAGAUGAUGUGCUUUUAACGAAAAAUGUUUUCUCGGAGUGACAUGAGACGGAUUUUUUUUAGUUUUGAGUUUUUGAGAUUAUGCUUUUGUGUCAUGGUUUCUGUCUAAUGAAAUAAAAUGUUUAAUUGAUUA